CGGCGUUCGGCGGCGGUUGGCCGGCGAUCGCGGCCGUUAGGUCGCAGCCUCCUCCCGGGGCUGUGGCGGCCCGCGCCAAGACAGAGGCGCUGCCGGCGCCAGGGGCGGACAUCUGCCUUAGACCCUCUCCUCGCUGAAAUGGUACAGCUCCUCGUGUCCGUGCGUGUGUGCCGCUGGAGGAGAGGCCGCGAAGGGCGGCGCGGGGAGCGUCCCUGAGGCUCUGCGGGCCCCUGGCCGAAGCGCGGCGGGGGAGGCGGCUGGAUCUGGCCCCCCUUUUGUGCCCCGUCCAGAUCCCGGCGUUGGGAAGCCUGCGCAGGGCCUACUGGCGGGUAGCUUCGUGCCUGCCGCCUGUGGGCAGCCCCAUCCCCACACCGGCUUAAGCAUUUUGCUUCUCUUCGGGCAGCGAAAAGGCGUUUCGGCUGCUCGGAGCGUAUGGUAGUACUCCGAGGAGCUUCUUGUGUCUCUGAUACAGUCCCGCACCCAGACUGCAACCUAAGCUGCCCCUCGUUGUAUGAAGAUCGAGACUCAAGCCUUGUGCUGACGCUUUUCAUUUUCCCGGCUGGAGUCUAAGCCACACCAUGGGAAUUCACGGCCUCCUUCAGUUCAUCAAAGAGGCUGCUGAGCCUACCCACGUGAAGAAAUACAAAGGGCAGACGGUAGCCGUGGACACCUACUGCUGGAUGCACAAAGGCGCUUAUGCUUGUGCUGAAAAGCUGGCCCGAGGAGAGCCAACAGAUGUGUAUGUAGCUUUCUGUAUGAAACUUGUUGAUAUGCUCCUCUCAUUUGGAAUUAAACCAAUUUUGGUAUUUGAUGGAUGCACCCUGCCUUCUAAGAAAGAAGUGGAAAAGGCCCGACGAGAGAAGCGUCAAGCCAGUCUUCUGAAGGGGAAACAAUUGUUGCAGGAAGGGAAACUGUCAGAAGCUAGGGAAUGUUUUGGGCGUAGUGUAAAUGUUACCCAUGUAAUGGCUCGUGAAGUCAUGAAAGCUGCUCGAGCCCGGGGAGUUGACUGUAUUGUUGCUCCUUACGAAGCUGAUGCUCAGCUGGCUUAUCUUAACAAGACUGGCAUGGUUCAAGCCAUAAUUACAGAAGACUCUGAUCUUUUAGCUUUUGGAUGUAAAAAGGUGUUCCUGAAAAUUGACAAAUUUGGCAAUGGAUUAGAGAUAGAUCAAGCCCGACUGGGGAACUGCAAGCAGCUUGGAAAUGUAUUUACAGAAGAGAAAUUCCGCUAUAUGUGUAUUCUUUCUGGUUGUGACUACCUCUCCUCAAUUCAUGGAAUUGGAUUAGCUAAAGCAUGCAAGUUACUGAAAUUAGCCAACAAUCCAGAUAUUAUAAAGGUUAUUAAGAAAAUAGGGCAGUACUUGAAGAUGAAUAUAACAGUACCAGAAGAAUACAUACAGGGUUUUACACGAGCCAAUAAUACAUUCCUUUAUCAGUUAGUUUUUGACCCUGUCAACAGAAAAUUAGUUCCUCUGAAUCCAUAUGAGGAUGAUAUUGAUCCAGAAACACUAACUUAUGCAGGACGACAUUUUGGUGAUAGUACUGCAUUUCAAAUAGCCAUUGGCAACAUUGAUGUCGAUACAAUGGAACAAAUUGAUAAUUAUAACCCUGACACUGCACAGCCUGUGCAGCAGAGAAGUUGUGGCUGGAAUGACAGGCAAGCUAAUCAUGUAAAUAGCAUUUGGAGCAGAAACUACAAGCCUGGCUCCAGCGCAGAUAUCGUUCCUCAUAAAAUGCAUUUGGUAGAGAAACCACUGACCAAAGGCAUGGAGAAGAUAAUUAGUGUUAAAGGGCUAAAAGUUUCAAGCAAAGAGCCCUUGGAAAAAAGGCCAAGAAGUGAUAUUGAAGAAAUCUCAGAUGGAGAUCUGUUGACCCAGUAUUCAUUUUCAAAAGCAAAAAAACCCAAAGGGUGUGAUCAUGAUAAUCAAGUACAAAAGAGUGUCUCAGCAAUACAAAGCCUUGAUUCUUCAGGGAAUUCUGUCAUUCAGCAAAGCUCUGGCUCACGGCCCAGCGUUAGAAAUAAAUUUGCUUCCUUUCUACAAAAGAAAAACAAAGAGAAGGAUGCUGUAAUUGUUCCAGGAACAAAAAGCAGGUUUUUCUGUAAUGACAUGAUGUUUGACAAUAGAGCAAAGCUAGAUGACAGUGAUCUGACUCAAGAUGCUGAGCAAGUGUGCCAGGAACAAAAAGUAAAAGAUGCAGCAGAAGAUGUUUCUCGCUUUUCAGAAACUGAAAAAUCCACAAGUGCUGUCGUUACACCACCUGGAGAAACACAGAAAAAUUGCUUCCAAUGGUUUAGCAGCUUCACAAGUAAACCAGGAAAUCCUUCUCUGUCUCGUCCUGUAUUUUCUCAGCAGUUCCACCAACAGAGAAGCAAUUGUGUUGUAUCCCAGGAAGAUCAGCUUAAUGGGGUACAAGCAGAGAGCGAGUCAAUGUGCAGUGAAGUGGAAGAAGAAUCUUCCCUCCUAACAGAACUGGAAGAGUUAUCAGAGUCUCAAAGGUCUCGUGAGCUUCCAGAACACAAAUUGGAGUCUUCAGAAGGUGUGGAAGUGUCUAAAAACAAAUCCCAUGCAGAAGAAUCUGACUCCAGUUCAAAAGUGGUUGAUCACCAAGGUACUCCAUCUCCAGCAUUUUCUGCUGCUGAAUUUGAUAGGAAAACUGUCAUAAUAAAGACCAAGGUUCCUGGUUUACAUAAAUCCAGUUACAUAGGGUCACGUAGUGUAACAAAGCUGAAGCCACUGACGCCAGCUAAAGCAAGUGGAUUAAGCAAGAAACUGUCACCUGUGCAGAAGAGAAAUCACUGUGAUGCUGAAAAUCAGAUGGGGCUGCAAACCACCAUUAGUGAACUCCGGAAAAACUUCCAGUUUAGAAGAGAGUAUGAAAAACUUCCUUCUUGUAAAAAGCCAGAUCCAUUGUCUCCAAUCAAAGAUAAUAUACAGCUCACUCCAGAAACAGAAGAAGAAAUUUUUAAUCAUCUGGAACAUAGUUGUGUUCAGAGAGCCAUAUUCCCUUGAUCUGUAUCCUUGCACAAUGUGAUGAGUUUUUAGUCACUGCUGAAAUUUAUCUUCUGGAUAUUUCAUCAAUGUAGAGAAGAUGCUUUGAAAACCAACUAAAUAUUUUAGUCUGACUAGUGACUUGUCAUCUUUUUUUUUUUAUAAAAGUGUAAGUUGAAAGACAUAGUUCUAUGAUGACUGGAAUAAAACCCUUCAGAUUCCUGUGUUUUGAUUCAAA